CUGCUCUUCAGUUGCUCCGGUCGUGAGUCGAACGCGCAUCGUGUGAUCGCGGGUGUCAAAUACAGGGUGAAUUUCGGUGAUCAAUCGCGCGAGGAAUGGCAAAUGGUUGCUACCAGCAGCAUGGUGUAUGAAGAAAUCGUCGGAGUUCGGGGCAGCUGACCCCAGCCCCCGCGCACUUUAUUUACGCGCGAAAUGCCCCACAAUUUAAACUCGACCUCCGCAAACUCGGCAAAUACGGGGCCAAACCAUCAGGCCUACCCUCCACCGCAGCCCUAUCACCACAUCAAUGGAGAUGCUUUUCAACCAGAGAAAGAACCGGUGGAGUUCGACGUGUCGCAUUUGCGCGGAGCACCUGCGGAGGUCGAGUCUCUGGUCCACAGCAUCAAGGACGUUGCCCAACAAUUUUUGUACCACUGGCGUACGUUCCCGAUCGUCCUGCCACCGCCGCUCUCGACGUGCACCGACGGGGAGGACACGCUCGUCCGAAAAAAGCACCAUUUGCGCGACCUCUUCGUGGCCCCGAGUUUCGACGAGCUGGACGCGGUCGCUGUCGACAGUAAAGGGGAGCCGAGGAGGCUUACGAACAAACAAUUAGAGAGUAUCAGAGAGAGGGGCUUGCACAAGGAUAAGUAUGGAAAACCGAAGAAGCUGAAUGCCACUCAGUUGGAGAGCAUUCGGAGAUGCGGGGAAUUCGAAGUGGAUUCGAUCAACUUCGCCGGGCAGACCCAUCGCUGGCGACUGAGCGCACUGUUGCAACGAGGACGAGACAGAAGAAGAGAAGCGUUGCUAAGAGACUUGGCUCUAGCGACGAGAUUUCUCGUAGUCACAGCCCGAGCGAGACUCGUCUCGCACUGUUUCAGCAUCUCGCAAUCUCUUAAGGCAUUGCUAACCGGUCUGUUAAGACUCCUCGACAUUAUUAUCGGCGUUCCAUCGUUACAAGCCCAAAAUCUCGAUGGAAAAAUUCGGGAAGAACGCUGUCGUCACCUUGUCGCAGAGCUCGUUUGCAGGCCAGAGUACGAAGACUCGUUGGAAUUGCUGUGCGGUUUCGUACGGAAACAAUUGCGACGAGCAACAAUGGAAAAAUUCGAGGUUGAGCGUGAGUCGUCGCAAUUGUUGCCAGUACCAGUGCCAUUUGUAUUUGGCACACCGAGCGGAGGUGCGGUCGAUCUCCGUCUCUUUAGUCGAGACAUCAUAAGAAAAGCUCUGCCGAUAUUGGUCUCGAUACUCGAGCGUGAAACGAGAGGAUGGUUUCUUCACUUCCGUGAGAGAUUGAUCUCGGAAUUGCGAGCCCAAAAGAAACCGGAUGACGAGAUCGAGCAACAAGUUAACGAGGCAGUCAUGCGAGAAUAUCUCCAAAGAGUUUACUCGAGCAUACUCUCACAUCCGGAUAUUCGCAGCCUCGGCGAAGGCAUUGCUCAGCUUUUGGUUCAACAAGCACAAUCCGUUGUCCUCAUGCAUCGCGCCGUCGAAAACGUUCAAAGAAAACUAUCCCAGACGAAAGAAUCUUUGAGAAUCCGCAUGGAGAACGAACAUCCGGUUUUGUCGCGUAUCGGACCCUGGAUGCGGGAUCGUAUGCGCGAAGCUGAGGCCAAUUUCAUCGAGGAGUGCGAAUGGAGCGCUCACGAAGAAGCUCUUUCCUUAUGCAGCCUACAAAAUUUACAGCAAACCGUAUAUUUCCUCAAUCGCGAUCUUACGUUCAUGAGAGAGCGAGAACCCGUGCUUUUGAAGGAGUUACGUAAAGUGAAAACCCCGACGAGAAACUUUCAGUGGCCGACGCAAAUCUGGCUUCCGAGAAAUUGGAUAGUGAAACGAAGUUUUCAAGGGAUGUCCGAAGUUAUUCCUACAGUAUUGAGUAACACGCCAACUUCGAUAACGACUCCACGGGCUGAUCCGAGUCAGCCAGUUUUUCUUGUCGAGAGAGAAAUAUUACACACGACUACAACAAGAUGGCCAAUGUGGCGUUGGAUCAAUUACGUCGCGAGGACGUGGUGUUGGACCUGGAACGCGAUGUUCCUUCUCGGCGUUGCAGUUCCCUGGUGCAGCAGAGUCUCUCUCCGAGCUUUGCUCCUCGUGCAACCAUUCACCCCGGAUUUGGAACUUAGUCAGCUCAAUGGAACGUUGUUCCCACGAAAAUCAACUCAAACUCCCACCUUGUGCUCAAGGCUAACGUCGCUAUGGCGACAUAUUAGUAAAAGUCGAACGCAUUUUGAGACUGAGCCAGAUACAGGCUUUAUUGGAAAAGGAAUGACGAGGCACAUCAACAGACUGUGGAAUUAUGGAUUCAAAGGUCUCUUGGGAACCCUCACGAUCCUUUUCAUUUUCCCGAUAGUCUGUCUCAUCGCCAGUUUCGGUUCCCUAAUUAUUGCACUCUCCGCAUUCAUCUGGAUGCCAAUUGUGACGAUGAUGCUCCACGCUUUCAUGGCUCUGGUAAUGGACCUCGAUAGUCCAGAAUCGAGUCGGAAUCGUUACUUGGUUGUUAUGGAAGCUCUCGUGUGGAAUAUCGGGGUUCAGGGCUGUUUGCAACCUAUAGCAGCGGUAAUCGUUGCGGUUGUUUUUUGUCCCAUCAUCGCAUUUUUGGUAGUGACUGUCUCCGUUAUUCGCUACUGGAUCAGAGUCGUGUGGGACACGGCGAUGUUUCAUCUGGUGAUAAAAAAUCGUGGAAGGAUUCCCGCCAGCGAUAGUUUCGUGGUGAAAAGAAUAGCUGGACCGGGUUUGGCCUCAGAUUAUUAUUAUCAGAUAAGACCGGAACAGGCGUUGGCAGCGUUCGAGGCGAAACUGGAGCUCGACGAGCUUCUCGCUUUUCAACAGGAGACCGAACGAUUAAUCACGCAGCCGCAGCGUGACUUUGCCCAAUUCGUCGAAGCUUGUUUCAGCCCGUUUGCCACGAGCCUUGCCAAGACUCGUGAUCCUUACAAAUCACUCGAGAAAGAGGCUCGUGACCUUGUCGCUGUACUUCACGAGAAACUUGAUCGCCGCCGGAAAGAUUUACAGACGGGUCUCGGAGUUGCUGUUAGGAGUAAAAUAAAACUCACCACUUUCGACUUGAAGGUCGUCAUUCAACAAGCAGCUCUAAUGCUCGAGCGUCUUUACCCUUCCCACGUGUUUGCUCGUUUUUCCGGAAGCGAGGACGAUUUUUGGGAGAACAAAGGCCUCGGCGUGGGCGAUUGGGCCGGUUUAGCCGGCCUCAUGUACGCCGACAUAUUCAGUCUCGAUUUUCUCCAGCCGCUCGACGAAGCGGACACUAAAUUUAAACUCGAGCCUCAUCCCGGUGUCGAUCUUUCCCGAUACUCGGAAAUGGUUCACAGCACAGAACUCGGUGGAAUCAAUGGCCCCGAUCUUCUCGGUGCAAUUUACGCUCCGAGAGGAAAUAUCCAAGUUCACAGUCCCUAUCUCGAAGUUUCCGCUUUCAAUCCACGAGCCAAACAACCUUGCAACAGCAGAAAGUCCGAGAAACGAUGCGAUACCGGUGGGCUGUUGACAUCGACGAGAACACGAAGACGAACGAUAUCGGGUAAUGGGACAGGCGAAGGACGCUGGCAGCCUUGGAAGCGUCAAAUGCGUCCAUACAGUGCAGAAAAGUUAUUGAUACCAUUGCCGAUACCGCAUCCGGCUCAUAUAGCAGUAACGAUUCACAAUCGUGACUCGGAAGAUCCGAUACCAUUAGACUCUGAGAUAUGUCAGAAUAUAUUACGAGCCAUCGAAGAAUCGCCGGGUGAAAUGGCUAUUGAAAGCGUCAAUCGUUAUCGGGGUGGAGGAGAGGGAGGUGAUUCAAGUUUCGAUUCGGUCGCGUCGCAAUCCUCAGUUUCAAUUGAAACUGGUUUGGACAAGGACGAUACCGAGGAUACCGUUGAGGAAAAAGAGGGCGAAACUUAUCACUGGACGUUGUCUAAUUGGGGCGGUGGUAUGGCAAGAAGAAGAAACAAUUCAGGAUCGAUCAAGGUCGAUCUUGCAUCGCCCGAGGACGUUACACUGGACACAGACACUACCAGGGUAAUGUUCAGCACUUACGGUACCACCGUCUAAGUCAAAGUCCGACCCCUUCCUUCACCCACAUUUAACGAUUCAUUCGAUCUAAAUGAUAUAUGUAUUUGUACAUAUACGUAUUGUGUUUUUCAACGUGCAUACAUUUCCAUACAGAACGUCUGACGAAUCGUCGAUCAAAUGAAGUGAGAUCAGAGAGAUAAAACUGAAAAUUGGUGUCGCCAGGAAAAGAAUUUCCGUUUUUUCUUCGAUAGUUUCGAGAUCCCAUUGCAGAUUCAAUCUUUUCUUGAGAUCCGAAUCCUCGAAAUCUACAGGAAAUGUCGCGGGAUCUAAAGAUUGAGAAAAUUGAUCGAGAUUUUUUGCUUUUCUAUGAAAAUGUUCAAUGCCCAUGUUCGCCAUCUGAUUUCUUUUGAUCCACGAUUUAGCGAACACGGUCUAUGUGUAAUCAGUACCUCCGUACAUACUCCUCGAGGAUAAUCCUUUUUCUAUUUUAGAAAUAAAAGAAUAAUCUCUCUCGCGACAAUCGCAUUCGUGAAAGCCGACGAAGGCUGCGACGAAGUUUGGCGAAAAGAGAGACACGGACGCGACGGACGCGUGACUCGAGAAAACGAGAGUAAGAUAAAGAGAGAUAGAGCGAACGAUGGUACGGGGAACGGGUUUCCUUAUUUUAUUAUCGUCAGAGACUGAGAGAUUCUUCAAGAAAUCGUAUCAACGAAACGCAAUUACGGCACGACAAAUAUAUAAGAAAACAAUAACAAGAACCAUGCGUAUUUACGUGUUAAUUGUUUAUUAGAAGCGGAGAUCAAUUAGUAGAUAUGCGCUAUUUUAAGAAGCCAGAAUGAAAAACCGAAGAAAAGCCACUUUUCAUUAUUCGGCGUUUUCAAAUUUUACACGAGAUUCUUUACUUCUUUUUCCCCCCAAGAGUAUUUAACUUUUAUUAUCAAUCAAGUGUCUCUUUCUCCUGUGAAAUAUUAUUAUUUACGGAAUAACGAAAUCAAAAUACAUGAAUGCGCACCAUCGAUUUUUAUUAAUAACGAUAAUAAUAUGAAUAAUUAUUAAAACGAUUUAACGCCGAGGAGAACAAUCUCCAGUGUUUCACAUUUUCACUGUUCUCUGACUAUAGUGUAUAUAGUUAAGUGACCGAUGUCCGAAGAUUCGAAAAUCCAGCGACAUUAUACGGGGAUUAAAAAUACGUUGGAAACAAUAUUAUACCAAAAAAUGAAAAAAAAAAAAAAAAAACGGAGAAAAACGAAACAAUGAUUUUGAGAAAAUGCUCUCUCUUCUUCCUCAUCUCGUAAAUUUAAUUUAUAAAACUCGACGCGAACACGACUGGGGAUUCUUCUGGAUGUUCUGGAUUGAGAAAAAAAAGUAUUGAAUCGUUUCGAAAAAACUUUUUGAUUCGCAGCACGAGAUACCCAGUACGGAAUCUCAACUGGACGUUAUAAUAUCGGUAGGGUUUUAAGAAUAUUGUAGAUAGAGUACAAAACGAGAGCGAUUAAACGACCCCGUGAAUUUAAUUUAGAUAAUGAGAUGAGAAGAAGUUGUGUCGACGUUUGUGCAUUUAUAAAAUUCACGUACUAUACGAUACGAUUAUAAAAAACAACAGAAAUAAAAGAGAACGCAUAUUAUAAAUGUAUAUUGCAAGGAUAUACGCUUGGUACAAUGUAUAAGGAAUAGUUAUUGCCCAGAGGGGAGUGUAUCGAUGUCCAAUUCUGCAAUUUGAGUCGCAUUGUUUCGGUCGUUAGAGCGAGCUGGGGCAAGAAAAAUGGUAAUUAGCACAGGCGACUGUUAUAUUAUACACACACUAUAGACUUUCAAUAUUUCUCCUCUCAACAAAAAGUCUGCGAAGAUGAAUCUUUGCUCAUAUACCCAAAAAUCAAUUCAAUCGAAGAUUUAGACAGAAAUAAAAACAAAUCGGCUGUGUACAGUUUCGUGAAGAAGUAUUUUAUAAAUGUAAAGGAAUAUUGACAACGAGGAACAUGAGAAUUAUUAAAUUUUUGCCACCGGUGAAUAAUGUGCGAGUGAAACGACGAUGGUGUUUAUAGUAACGGCCGUGGAUAUAAUAUAUUAUUGUAUCUUAUUCCUGAAAGCAAACGAUAUGCUUUUACAGUUUUUUGUUUACUUACCAUCAAUUUGUAUAGUUCGAUUGCCGAAUAUUUAAUCCAUCCAAAAUCAGAGAAGAGUCACCCAAGAGAGAGAAUUUAGUGAAAUCGUUACGUCGCAGAGCAAACAAAAAAAUUGAGUGCUGUCUCCAUCCAAUAAAUGACGAUGUUAAGUAUGUUGAUGAAAAUAAUUGGAAUAUUUGGACCGUUUUGAUGAGAAUAGCAGAUUAUUUAAGAAAAUCAGAGCAAGAGAGAGAGAGAGAGAGAGAGGGAGUGAAAAAAGCGAUAGGUGAGAAUCAAAAAUACAUUGAAAAGAGGCCAUUUAUAUCAAAUGUAUUAGAUGUUAUAGACUAUAUAAUUAUAAUAGAGCAAGAAUAUAUAUCCAGUGUAUAUGUUCGAGAAGAACGAGUCACAAGGUUAAAAACGAAUAUUAUUUUUUAUUUCGUCGUUUUAAAUUGACGGUUGUUCGUCAAGCUUUACAUUAAAUGAUCUUUGGAAAUAAGAAACUGCAUGAAAAUGCAUCGAGCGAUUUGACAUAUGAUACGAGCUCUCUAAUUAGUAAGAGCAAAAAUUUUUAUGAAUGUUCAUUUUUUUCGCGAUUCGGAAGGAAUCGCAAAACGUUGCGGUUUCGGAAAAAAAAAUCGUAAUUACCGCUGCCAAGAGAUAAAACAAAAAAGUGUAUACAGUCUAUCCGCUAAAAACUAACACGUCUUCUAUGAUCAUUGUCUAUUCGAAAUUAUACGAACGAUAUAUUGUAGAGUGUACGAGAACGCAGAGGAAAACAGGAAAAAAAACAAGAAUUACACGUCUUUGAAAUUCCGAAAUUGGAUAUAUAUAUAAAUACUGAUAGAAUUUGAUCCUAGUAACCACAUUUUUCUCCUUCGGUUCAACGAAAUAUGAAACAAUAUUAUUUACAGUCGAGUGGACAAAGCGUGAAAAACAAAUGAUCACCUCGACUUUUCACGAUGUAAACAUAUUGUUUGUAAACAUUGCUGAAUCGGUCCGCUAACGUACGACCUCGUACUCUGUACCGCUGAUGAAAACAAAAUCAUUGUAUCUCAAUUAUACUUACGUUUUUGUACGCAUUAAAUGUGAAUGUGAUGAUA